CAAUUCAAAACAUCCCUCUCCUUCUAUCCACUGAAGCGAAGUGAGGGUUUAUCUAGGGUUUCCUCUCUCAACUGCUCGUAUGGCGAACCCGACACGAGGCCGUCCCUCGCCACCGUCACGGUCCGGUUCCGGGUCUUCCUCUCGCUCUCGUUCACGCUCCUACUCCGGUUCCUCACGGUCCAGCUCCCCUUCUCGCUCCACCCGGUCCAGAUCCCCUUCUCGCUCGCGAUCUCGUUCCCGAUCCUUCUCUUCGUCUUCCUCCCCUUCGCGUAGCGGCAGCUCUCGUGGCCGCAGUCCUCCGCCCCAGCGCAAGAAGAGUCCUGCUGUAGGAGCUAGGCGGGGUCAGUCUCCACUGCCUCAAUCUAAAAGAGCAUCUCCACCUCCAAGGAAAGCUUCUGAAAAUGACUCUCUUGUUCUCUACAUCGACUCGCUUAGCAGGAAUGUGAAUGAGGGCCAUUUAAGAGAAAUAUUCAGUAACUUUGGCGAAGUUGUAAAUGUGGAGCUGGUGAUGGACCGUGCAGUUAAUCUUCCAAGAGGAAGUGGAUAUGUUCAGUUCAAGACAAGGGCAGAUGCUGAAAAGGCACAAUUAUACAUGGAUGGUGCCCAAAUUGAUGGUAAUGUUGUUCAUGCGACGUUUACCUUAUCUCUGCCCAAAAAGGUUUCACCACCUCCAAAGCCUGUUGCUGCUGCUUCAAAAAGAGAUGCUUCUAGAACUGAUAAUGUUACUGCUGAUGUAGAGAAGGAUGGACCGAAACGACCUAGAGAAUCUUCUCCCCGGCGGAAGCCACUACCCUCUCCUCGGAGGAGAUCUCCUGGACCUAGAAGAGGUGGAUCUCCUAGAAGACUGCCAGAUUCUCCUCCACGUAGACGUGCAGAGUCUCCUGUUCGUCGUAGGUUAGAAUCUCCUUAUCACCGAGGUGACACACCUCCCAGGCGAAGACCUGCUUCUCCUCCUAGAGGUCGUUCUCCAUCCCCUCCACCAAGGCGGCAUAGAUCUCCUCCAAGGCCCUCUCCCCGAAGAAUGCGCGGUAGUCCAAUCCGCAGACGUUCUCCGCUUCCUCCAAGGCGCCGUUCUCCUCCUAGACGAGCUCGCAGUCCUCCAAGAAGGUCUCCACUGCGCAGACGCAGUCGCUCCCCUAUUCGUAGGCCAAUUCGUUCUCGUUCAAGGUCUCUCUCGCCUAGGAGAGGCCGAGUACCAGCUGCAAGACGCGGGCGGUCAUCAUCCUACUCUGGAUCACCUAGUCCACGGAGGGUACCCAGAAGGAUAUCAAGGAGUCGUAGUCCUAGAAAGCCUUUGAGAGGAAGAAGCAGUAGCAACAGCAGCAGUAGCAGUUCGCCGCCUCGCAACCAUAGGUAGGUAAUUUUCUCUGCUCUUUUCUCACCCUCAUUCUCUCUAUCCCGCCUGUCUUAACAGUUAACGAUGUGAAAGUUAAGUUCCUAUAGACUUGCCAAAGCUAUGAUGUAUUUGUUGGUGUUAAUAUUACUUUCAAAGACUUUCCCA